CAACGACACGUCUCCUUCCUCCUCACAUACCCAAUACCCUCAUCGCAUUACCCAGCAACACCACAAUGAAAGCCAUCUUCGGAGCCAUGAACAUCGGCGAGCCCGGCGACGGGCGUACGAGAGUCCACACCCUCCCCCAAGCCCGCAAAAUGAUCCAAGUCUUCCACUCCCACGGCCACACCACCAUCGACACCGCCCGACUCUACGGCUUCGGCACCUCCGAAGAAUUCCUCAGCCAGCUGAACCUCCCUGCCCUGUCAUGCACCAUCGACACCAAACUCUUCCCCACCGCCGUGAACCCCGCCCUCGCCUCCUCAUCCCCGGAGAGCAUCUACCACCACACGCCCGCGGACCUGCGUCGCGGUCUGAUGGAGAGCUUAAAAGCACUGAACGUGAAAAAAAUCAACACGUGGUACUUACACAGUCCCGACCGAACGGUGCCCUUCGAGGAGACGCUCCGGGAAGUGAACACCCUCUACCAAGAAGGAUAUUUCGACCGGUUAGGGCUAAGUAACUACCAAUCCUGGGAAAUCGCCAGCAUCUGCGAGAUCUGCGACCGGAACGGCUGGAUCAAGCCCUCCGUCUGCCAAGGAAUCUACAAUGCGUUUCACCGCGCCGUGGAACCAGAGCUCCUCAAGUGUUUGAGGUAUCACGGCAUCUCGUUUUAUUGCUUUAACCCCCUUGCCGCGGGGAUGUUAACCUCUCGGUACUCGCGCGAUAAACCCGACACGGUGACAGGUGGUCGCUUCGACCCUGCAACCCAGGCGGGAACAUUCACGCGCAAGCGCUACUACCAGGAGGUAUAUUUCGAUGCGUUGGAGGUGUUGAGGCCCGUGGCGGGCAAGUACGGGAUUAGUGAGGUGGAGUGUGCGUUGCGGUGGUUGGUGCAUCAUUCGGAGCUGCGGGCGGAGUUGGGGGAUGGGAUUGUGAUCGGGUCGAGUAGUGAGGGGCAGAUGGAGGAGAAUUUGGUCGCUAUGGAGGGGGGGCCGUUGCCGGGGGAGGUCGUGGAGGCGUUGGAUCGGGGGUAUGAGAUUGUGAGGGGGAAUCAACUGAUUUAUUGGCAUUGA